AUAGCAGCAUAUAUAAAUAGAUAGAUAGAUUGACACAUAAAUAGAGACAGAUAGAAACGAGAAGAUAAACAGAAAAAAAAUCAAUCCAGGGGCACGUAUGCAUGAGGUGGACAAGUUGAGGCCAUACGACGUGCGGUGUUCUGCACCUGAGUCGACCCCAUACGACGAGCUGUCUAUCCUUAGAGAGAGGGUCCGCGUCCUUGAGGCGGAGCAGGGGUCGACUCAGGUGCAGAACACCGCACGACAGCCUUCAAGGCGAAAAGUCGACUUGUCAUGGCUCGAGACAGAGGGCACACGUGCACCGUCAGGUGUUGUUGUGCCCCACGAUCAUCGCACGCUGCAGACGAGGUUGGAUAGUUGGGCAAAGGGAGGUCUGCAGCAGCAGUAUGAGAGGUUGUGGGCCAGAGCCUUGUACAGGGCUGGGGUGCCAUUCACAUUCAUACAGCUCGAGACUACGCAAGAGCUGCAUGACUUCAUGGUAUCAUUGAUGAGGGUCACGAUUGGGCCUGCUUUAGUCCUCCCCUCAUACACUGACAUGCGCACCCGCCUCCUCGACGAGAUUUGUCAUGAGAUAGCAGAGAGGGUCGCUCCGAAGAAGGCAAAGUGGAAGUUGACAGGGUGCACGAUGAUGACGGACGGGUCAACGACAAGGUCGUACAAGCCUAUCGUCAACUUCAUUGCAGCAGGCGAGGACGGGCCCAUGUUGAUCAGUAUCGUUGACAUGUCGGAGAGGGACAAGACUGGAGUGGCACUGGCAGAGUUGUGGGAGGAGGUCAUCCGCGAUAUUAACGUUAAGCAUGUGAAUGCUUAUUGCACUGACAAYGCUUAUGCAAACAAGGUGGCUGCACAGCGGUUGCAAGAGCAUCCGGACAGAGACAUAUCCUCGAUCCCUUGGCUUCUCUGUGCAGCUCAUUGCUUGAGUCUUCUCUUGCGCGACAUCACACAUUUCUCGUGGGUGCGGCCGAUCUUGAAGAACACACACAAGGUUGUGAUGUUCUUCAAGAACAUUCACAAGGCCCUCUCAUAUCAUCGGUCCUUCAAGGAGCAGGGACAGCUGGAGCUGAUCCGGCUAUGUGACACACGGUUUGGGUCAGCAUGUCAGAUGGUGGAGCGACUUACCGAUCAGGAGAGGGUAUUGCGGAUGGUCGUGGGCAGUGUGAGAUGGCGGAGCACCCUCUGGAGGGGGAAGGCGGGGCAGGAUGAGCGCCCUGUUCGACAACUUGUGUUGUCGGCGUCAUUUUGGGAUUGUGCGCACCACGUGCAGGAGGUCAUGAGGCCAGCUUAUAGCCUGUUGCGUUCCAUGGACAAAGACGGUUCCUCCCCCACCACCCUUUGGGCGUUUGUUGACAAUAUCGCAGCGCGUGUGCGCGACAUGGGCCUACCAAAGGCAGACGAGGCAGAGAUUAUGAAGAGGGUUGACUACCGUUGCGGCAUGAUGCGCCAGCCGGUGCAUGCGCUCGCAUACCUUGUUGACCCGCGAUGGCGUGAUGUGAGUCUCCUCGCUGACACUGACAGCGCAUUGGUGCAGAGUCCACUGCACCAUUUGGCUACGUACGCGGAUGGUGGAGAGGGGUUCGAGGAGCAUACUACGAUGUGGUACGGCUUGUACUUGUUCCACCAUGAUGAUCCCCAUGCAGACCCUAGGCCCAAAUGGUGGACAGACCCCAUUGCUAUCGCGCAGGCGAAGCACAGGGUGCACCCCGCGUGGUGGUGGUAUUUGCAUGGUGGCGACUUCCCGCGGCUGCAGGAAGUCGCCAUCAAGGUGCUCUCUAUGUGGUCCACUGCCUCUCCAUGUGAGAGGAAUUGGGCCACACAUGACUUCAUUCACACGAAGAGGCGCAACAGACUCUCGAGUGAUAGUCUGCGAAAGCUCGUGUUCAUUCAUUGGAACAUGCAGCUUCUGCGAGCGAGGUCGACUUCCCGGAAGGGGUAUGUGGAUGUUUGGGAGGAUUUGGUGGAGGAGCCGCCGGAGCCAGUGGUUGGCGAUCCUUCAGAGGAGGUGUACGCCGAGGGCAUGACGAUCCCUGAGCAGUUGGAGGCAGAAUUGCGCAGCCGGCGCAAGGAGGGGGGUGAUCGUGCCAGUGCGCGCCUGUUGCAGGCGCGAGAUGAUGACGAUGUGGAGGCUGAGGAUGCCAUUUACGAGGCGGAUGACGUGUGGGCGGGGAAGGACAUGAUUGAGGAGAUUGCAGCCACGGGGAAGGGGAAGGAGAAGGUGCACGAUGACCCACUCGUGUCUCGUGUGUGGGACAGGUGGGGGAACCUUCAUGUUGUGGAGGACCUCGACGGGUUCCUGCAUGGCUCCAGACACACCCUUCAUAUCAUGAAGGACAUUGAGGAGUGUCGCAGGUCGGAGGGGGGGAGCGGACGGGUUGAUGAGGGUCAUCAUGUGGACACAGGCUUUCAUUCGACUGCCUUCGACGGCGAGGCGGGCUGCAGUGCCGCUACCUCUGACGUAGGGGCGACACACACGCCUCAGAUGUCAGUGACCCCCGCUAGCACUCCAUUGUUUGUAGAGGAGCAGCGUCCCGAUGUUGGGGAGCUGGAGACAUCUCGUGGCAGGGAGGACCUGUGUCCUGAUGUGGAGGAGCAGGAGGCAGCUGCCAUGGAGGCAACUCCCGACAUGGAGGAGCAGGAGGCAGCUGCCAUGAGCCAUGGGCAGCCGUGUCUCAAUCAGGAGGAGAUGGGGACAGGUCACACCGAGCAUCCCUCCCCCGCACCCACCAUCUCGGAGGUGGCCCCUGUUAUCGGGGAGGGUGUGAGAGGAUGUGAGCCCGAUCAGUCGUGCGACAUGGAGACAGACGGAGUGAGGACUCGAUCCCGUACUGUUGUGGGGAAGAGGACGUGUGUUCAUGUUGAGGAUGAUGACGGCACCGAUGAGCAGGCCAGCGGUGACAGGUCUGAGAGCGAGUACGAGGCUCCACCGCAGCCCUCAUGUGAUGAUGACGACGAUGACGCCGGAGGGGACGAUGAUGAAGCUACGGUAGAGGACGAGACACUGGUUGAUGGGUGCUGAAGUAUUUUGACUCUUUUUUAGAGAGACACAGAGAGAGAGAGAGAGAGAGAGAGAGAGAGAGAGAGAGAGAGAGAGAGAGAGAGAGAGAGAGAGAGAGAGAGANGAGAGAGAGAGAGAGAGAGAGAGAGAGAGAGAGAGAGAGAGAGAGAGAGAGAGAGAGAGAGAGAGAGAAAAAAAGAGAGAGAGAGAGAGAGAGAGGAGAUGUGGGGGGGUUUCGAGGGUUGGUGGGGUUCAGUCAGGGGUAUGUGGGAAUAUGGGGGGCUUAUGGGGGUCUGUAGGGGUUAGUGGGUAGUAUGUGGGGGGGGUGUGGGAGUGUGGGGGGUUAUGUCAGAAUGUGGGUGACGUUUAAAAAGGAGACAGAGAGACACACACGAAUGAACUGUGCAUUCAUAC